AUGCCUGCAAACAAAACUUAUGGAGCUGUACUUAGGGAGUUGGGUGAUAUUAGCUCUGUGGGCGCAGCUGGAGCAGCGGCCGGAAUGACACUCGGCAAUCCAUGCCCAGCUGGACAAAUCGUCAACUUUACAUCAGCCGAUGCUGAGUCUGGAUACUACACAUACGUACCUCACAGUGUGUACUUUGCUCACAAUGGUUCUAACUCAAUGAUUGGACGUGCCAUCACUGUUCUCGACUCUCACACAUGUGAUCCUAAUGCCAACAUUGUCGCUCAAUGUGUGAUUGGAAUUGGAAGUUACCAAACAUUUUGGGUUAAGGGUAUUGAUGUCAACAGCACCAACUUGGUAUCAUUCAAGACGGACAGCAUAAUGAGCUCGCCCAACACAGCCAUCAGUGUUCUUCGUCCAACGAAUGAUUACAGAAUAUCCGGCUUUGUCUACAUCCAGGUCAACUCAGACUCGACUGUCACCUUUACUGCAGUCAUCAAGGGAUUGGACAACACGAUCGCUCAUGGUAUCCACAUCCAUGCCUAUGGCGACUUGAUGUGGGACAAUGGCACAUCAGUUGGCCCGCAUUGGAAGGGCGCCAAUCAGACACACGGCCUGCCACCCGCGGACAAUCGCGAGCUGGGAGACCUUGGCAACAUAUGUGUCUACGACGAAGAUGGCGUGGCCUACUACAAGUAUUCCACUUCGUACUCUGGCACACUGUCAUCCGCUGUGAACUUUGUAGGCCGCUCAAUUGUCAUCCACGCGAUACGCGACUCUGGCAACUUGAGCGCACUUGGUGCCCGUCUUGCCCAAGGUGUCAUAGGUAUCACCACCAAUCCAAUCCCAACUCCUCUGCCCAAUGGAUUGAACUUCUCCAGCGAGCCACUGGUACUACUACUACUACUACUACUUCUACAACUACCACUGGGGCAACUUCAACAAUGA